UAACUAAACCUAAAGCCUACUCCAAAAUCCCAACACCGUGACAAAUUUCAGUGUUAGACAGACAUGUCUUUCCUCACUCUCUUUCUUCUCCUCCUACUCCCUCUCACGGCAAUCUCUUCCAUCCACGAUCUCCUCCAGAGCCAAGGCCUCCCGGCGGGGCUCUUCCCAGAAAGCGUGAAAACAUACAGUCUUGACCAAUCGGGUCGGCUUGAGGUGCAUCUGGACCAGCCAUGCUUGGCCAAGUUUGAGACCCGAGUGUACUUUGACAGCGUUGUCAAGGCUAACCUCAGUUUUGGUGGGCUUAAAGGGUUGGAGGGUCUGUCCCAGGAAGAACUCUUUCUAUGGCUGCCGGUGAAGGAUAUCAUAGUGAACGAUCCCUCUUCAGGGCUCAUUUUGUUUGAUAUUGGUGUUGCUCAUAAACAGCUCUCUCUCUCUCUCUUUGAAGACCCUCCAGUGUGUAAAUCUCAAGGCAUGGUAUUGAAGAAGGAUGGAAGAAACAAGAACAAGAUGGGUUUUCAAGUUCAGAGAUGAUCGAAACUCUUUCAUAUGAGAGAUCAUGUCCAUUUCUUUUUGUUUGGUUUUCUUUUCUCAGCAAAGAAAAUUUGGAGUAAAGUUUACCGAUCGAUAAUGUUAGGGCUGUAAAAAUUGAGAACUGAGUGUAAUAUUUUGGAAUUUAAAAGCAAAAAUUUCCGAACUCCUA